ACCUUCUUAAAUUCGCCAAAGGUCUUCACAAAAACAAGGUUCAUGAAUCAUGACGAUUUAACACUAUAGGGGCAUAGGCCAUUGGUUAUUAAUUAUUAUUAUAAUUACUGAAAUGUCCAGUGGCGUAUAUAGGUUGGUAGGGGUUCAACCCCCCCUGAAAUGUAUGGUUGGUACGGGCAUUGAUUUUGAUUGUAUAAUUAAUUGGAAUUUAAGAAUAGAAAUUUUUUUUUAAUCCCCCCUGAAAUUAAUUUCUAUAAACGCCGCUGGAAACGUCUGAAACAUUGUCUACUGUCUAGUAAUCUAUAAUAUUUUUACUAUUCUUUCGAACUCUUAUUAAAGCUAAUAUUGUUAUUGUUAUCAUGUCGAUACUUGAUAUCAUAUUUACUAUUUAGUAUUUACACACGUGUUGUGUUGAGGAUAACACCUACCUAACCUCAUAUAGGUUUAUAGGUAUAGAUUUCCUUUAUCUAUGACUGACUAGUUACUACUGUUACUAGUAACUACUAUUAUAACUUAGUACCUACCGGUGAAAAACAUUUACGUGUAAAAUCGUCUCUUCGAAGGCCAAAAUGGAUACCGAUGACAAAGGAUACAUGAUUACUCACGACCCAGUGAAAGGUAAGUGUCUUGUUGCAACCAAACACUUUAAAGAAGAUGAUUUAAUUUUUACUGAAGAACCAUUCGUAUCCUGUCAAUUUUCUUGGAAUAGUCUUUAUGGAUAUCGUGCUUGCAAUCAUUGUCUUUGCCCUUUAGAAACUACUUCAGAAAAUAUUACCAGAUUAACAAAUGCAGCAAUUACAGAAGUCCCCUUUGAAGAAUAUUGUCCAAUAAAAGAUAAAACACAAAAUUAUGUACAAUGCCAAUCUUGUAAAGUUUGGUAUUGCAGUUCUACAUGUUUGGAAACUGCAUAUAAUCGUUAUCACCAACUUCUUUGCAGACCAGACAGCAAUGAUCCAUUACAUUGUUUGGAAGAAUUAUGGAGGACAAUGCAUUAUCCACCUGAAAGCCACAACAUCAUGCUAUUGUGCCGUUUGUUGGCAACAAUUGAAUUAUCUCCUUCACCACAACAGGCUAAUCAAACAGUUUCUAAUUUUUGUCAUCGGACUGAAAAUGAAAAUGAACAUUUAGUACAUAAAAUGCUCGGAGAAAAGUUUGUUGAGCAAAUCGAACAACUUCGUUUUGGUGUUCUUAAGUCCAUACCAGUUAGAGAAUCCAGUCAAUGGCUAACACCAACUGGCUUUAAAUCAUUAUUGGCAUUGAUUGGAACAAAUGGGCAAGGUGUGGGUACAAGCGUUUUUCACCAAUGGACAAAUAAUUGUAAAAAACAUCUUUCUCCCGAUCAAUUAGAAUCAUUUGAACAAUUUAUAGACAACACUUAUGAAGCAAUGGAACAAGUUGUUGGAGUGGAUUUUUUGGAUAAUGAAGGUUCUGCUUUAUUUCAAGAACAUAGUUCAAUCAAUCAUAGCUGUUUUCCAAACGCAGCAAGUGUUUUUGAUGGUAACCAUGUUUUGAGAUUGGUUGCCAUUAGAAUGAUAGAACCGGGUGAUGAAAUAAACACUAGCUAUAUUGCUCCGUGCGAAUUAGACCACAGCAGACAUACUAAACAAAAAUAUUUACAAGAAAAUUAUGUAUUUACUUGUCGGUGUAUCAAAUGCGAGGAACAAAUUAAUGAACCAGACAUUACAAGUGAUGAUGAUUCAGAAAUGGAAAAUGAUUAUAGUACCUGAAUAGUUGUUUAAAAUUUAUUACUUCAAAAUAAAAUGUCAUUAAAAUAA